CUGUCAUAAUAUAAUUACUAUUACUAGCAUUGAUCCUGGGGGGGGGUUGGGAGGUGAAUACACUGUUGCUUUGACCCUGUGGAACUUGAUAACCAACUGUAGAGUUAAAUUGCUGACCAAGCCCUGUUUAUUAUUAUAGCUGGAAGAGCCUGUAUUGUCCUCAUAAUAAUAUAGAAUUCAAGAUAGGAGAGAGAGAGGCUGCAGCAAAUGAAGACUUUAAAAAAGAAAGAAUGUCGAAGAUUCAGAAAAUCUGCCAGGACAAGAAGGGUGACCCAGAGGAAGCCAUCUUCAGGGCCUGUAUGCCGGCUGUGCCUUCAAGAACCUGGGGAUCCUGAAAAAUUAGGGGAAUUCCUUCAGAAAGACAAUCUUAGUGUGCACUAUUUCUGUCUUAUUCUAUCUAGCAAACUGCUUCAGCGGGGCCAGUCUAACAGAGGUUUCCAUGGAUUCCUGCUUGAAGACAUCAAAAAGGAGGCAGCCCGGGCUUCUAGGAAGAUCUGCUUUGUGUGCAAGAAAAAGGGAGCUGCCAUCAACUGCCAGAAGGAUCAUUGCAUCAGAAACUUCCAUCUUCCUUGUGGCCAAGAAAGGGGUUGCCUUUCACAAUUUUUUGGAGAGUACAAAUCAUUUUGUGAAAAACAUCGCCCAACACAGAACAUUCAACGGGGGAAUAUGGGGGAGGAAAGCUGCGUCUUGUGUUGUGAAGACUUAUCCCAAGCAAGCGUGGAAAACAUCCAGAGUCCAUGCUGUAGUCAAACUAUCUACCACCGCAAGUGCAUACAGAAAUAUGCCCACACAUCAGCAAAGCAUUUUUUCAAAUGUCCACAAUGUAAUAAUCGAGAAGAGUUUCCUCAAGAAAUGCUAAGAAUGGGAAUUCAUAUUCCAGACAGAGAUGCUGCCUGGGAACUCGAGCCAGGGGCUUACUCAGAGUUGUAUCAGCGCUACCAGCAUUGUGACGUCCCCAUCUGUCUGUAUGAACAAGGGAGAGACAGCUUUGAGGAUGAAGGGAGGUGGAGCCUUAUUCUGUGUGCUACAUGCGGAUCCCGCGGAACCCACAGGGACUGCUCCUCUCUUAGAUCCAGCAGUAAGAAAUGGGAGUGUGAGGAGUGUGCACCUUUGCCUAAAAUCACAGACUACAUACCUGAAAACUCAGGUGACAUCCCCUGCUGCAGCAGUACCUUCUACCAGGGGGGGCAUGACAGCAGAGACACCAGCCUGGAAGAGAAUCUGGGCCCUUCUUGGACUGAUUGGCCAGAACCUUCCUUAUUAGAGAAACCAGAAUCCUCUGGUGGCAGGAGGGGCCACUCCUGGCAGUCCAAGGGUGUAAAAAUUACUAAAAGCUGCAAAAAUUACAAGUAACAGCUUCUAAGUAGCUGCUGCCAAGCACAUUUGGCUAACAAAGCUGUGUUCCUCCAUCAAGUUUGGGGAGGAAACCCUUUGGGACUGUGAGACCAGAAAAGAGGGCCAGCAGUGAGACCAUGAAUCAAGGGAAGAGAAGUCCCAGAGAGCGUGAGGACAGAGCAGUCCAGAUGCCAACUGCUGAGCAUGUGCAUGGCUAUGA